AUGAGGAUGUCCAUGGUGAUAAUGCCAACCUUUAGGCAACUUCGACCACAACCUUUGUCUAGUUUAUCGUACUAUAUAUCGCCAUUAAGAUUAUUCAGUUUCUCCUCAAAUUUGAUUCAUUUUAAUUCCACAUAUCUCAAGGGAUCUAGUAUUGAGCAAGUUAAUAAUUUCAUAGUUUCAACUUAUAGUUCAGCUUUAAAUGGUUAUAAAGCCAUAAAUAUAAGUUCAAGAUCUGGAUCUUCAUUAGUAGGAUAUAUAAGUAAUGUCCAUACAUAUAACACAUUACCUUUAAUUCAGAGUAACACAUAUCGAUUUGUAAACUAUAGAAAUUUCUCCACAUUGAAACGACUUCAGUUUAAAAGAAAUUUUAUGCCAAGACAAAAUAAUAAUGGCUUAUUCCCACAAAUAAAAUAUUACAGAAUAAACCCAUUUGUAUUGAUUAUUAGCAGCUUCUUGUCAAUUACCAUGUUUUUUCUUGUACUUCCAAUAAUUUUGAACUUAAUGUUACCUUUGACCAUAUUAGCCAUUAUUAUUUAUCAAUUCAAUAAAUGGAAAAGGAGUCAGUUCUAUCAACAAGUAGUAAGAGUUUUAUUAAGAAGUGAUAUCAUAGUUCCAUAUAGAACAAUCAAUUCAUUACAGUACAGUUUCAUACCAGAGAGGCUAUUAAUGAUGAAGGAUUUAAUGAAAGAGCUUUCAAUGUUUAGAAAUUUCGAUAACAGUAAUAAUACAAAGAAGGAGGCUAUUCAAUUCGUUCAAUUUGUAGAAACGAGAAUCAUGGAAGCAUUAGCUACAGAUGAAUAUGGUAUAAGAUCUUAUAUUUUAUCCAAUAAUAACAAGUUUCGUUCGUUCCAAAAUUUACGUAGGUCAUCUUUUUCCACUUUCCAGUUAAAAUUGGAUACAGUUUCUAUGAAGACAUAUGGUGAACGUGUUGGAUCAAAUACAACUGAUAUUAUGUUAAGUAUACAAUAUCCUUUGAAACUGAUUAUAGAAGAAAAUCAGCAAAUUUAUUUAGGUACUGUAACUCUAACCAUUCUAGAUGAUUCAAGUAGUAAAAUGGGUAAUAAUUCCUUUAAAUUAUUCACUGAUCUGGCCAAAGCAGACGCUAAAUGUAGAUUAGUCAUUUCUAUUGUCCCUGUGACUACUUGGUUAUCACUUAUCCCAAGACAGUUUGUUAUAUCAACUUGGGGUAAUUCAGGGCAAAAUUUUAGAAAGUUUUAUGUAAACAAGACAAGAGAUGGACAUGUAGAAUACACUAUUCGUUAA